UCCCGGACGCCAAGCAAACAAGUUGAAACUCGAUACGAAAUGAGGGCAUUUGAGCAUCGGCAAACGAAAAACGUUCAACCAGUCUGAGUUUGGCACCUGAAGGGAUUAGUCUAUUGAAAAAGUGCUCCCAAAAAAACUAAAGAAGAACCAGAUUUUUCUUCCUGAAAAACAUUAGGCUUUACAAAUCACAAUGCAGACGGACGAGAGUUCAUCGGUGUCUAUCGACAUUAAUCAAGCUGAUGAUAGUGGGCUUUUGUCGGAAGAUAUGGAGUCCAGUGACGAAGAUGUAGUGAUUCUCCGGAGAGGGGGACGGAAAUUGCGAGUUAUUUGCUCUGAUUCGGAGGAUGAUGAUGACGAAAACGUUGUUUUUCUGGACCGGUCCAACCCUGAUCCUCAGCCUGGCUCAUCCAGAGAUAUGACCGUGGACUUGGACCUCCUGGAGAAUUUUCAUCUCCGACGAUAUGGAAAGCUUUCCCGUAAUCUCCGGGAAUUGGAAUGUCGUGAGGAGUUGAUCGAUUGGUUGAAGGAGGUGGAAAAGAAUCCAUCAGCAGGUCGAGCGACCUUUGAUCAACGACGCGAGGAGCUUGAGCUGGCAGCUAAUUGGAGGCAGGAAGAUCGGGAGCAUCGGGAGAUUUAUUUUGAUAUCCGUAUUACAGGUUCGUCAGUAAAAGGUUACUGGGUCCUCAGAGCAGAAGGGAAACGGAAUGUAUUAUCGUCUUAUUAUGCUGCGAACAUGAGAUUAGGUGCAUCCCAAGCUAGGAUAGAUAGAAAUGCCAACUACAGGAACCCGGAACACCCUCUGCAUGAUUCGAUUCAAAAUAGUCGGAAAACAACUAAUGAAGUUAGGCCACCCAUGGACAUCGUAUAUGUAGCAUCUCUAAUUCAUCCGGACAACAUGGGUGUUGAUUUGUGGGAAACUAUCAAAUCAAUUGAACCGGUUCAACAAGGGAAUAAGAUGCGAGACUAUGUCGGGAAAUAUAAUGGAAAUAAGGGUCGUUUCUCAAUGAGAGGUUCGAACUUUACUAAGCCAGGAGGUAACCAAGAAAUCUACAACAGAACCGUUGACAGCGAUGACUCAGUCUAUUGCGUAGAAAAGAAGAUUAUCUUAUGUAACUCCACCUAUACAAAAGAAAUUGGUGAAGGCUUCCUGAUGGCAUAUGGACACAAAUACAACGAAAUCCAUGGAGUCGAGCGCUACAUCAUGACUGAAGCCGCAACCCCACCUGCCGAUCUCAUCAAGAAAGCGCAUAAAUAUGCCGUCGAUGGAGUCCCGAUGUUUGAAUUCGUCGAAGAUCUGGACCGGUCCAACCCACCCCUCUGGGCUACCCUGGACCUAGUGACUACGCUCCCUUACACGAUCUGUAAGAAAGAUCUGAUAAUCCGAUACGAUCCCAACUUCCCUGAUGACAAGCGUCACUACAAAAGUUUCAAAAAUUUUGAUCGCUUGGUUGAAGAAUUUGGAUAUCCCCCUGAAGAGUACUUUAUAACUAUUGAUGGUUCUCGAAAUCACCUCCGAUAUUAAUUUUACAUGAUGGCACGACAAUUCCAAUCCUACUAAAUGAAUUUUGUAUUAUAAAUUUAAUCUAGCUAUAAAUAGCACAUUUUAUAAUCUGUACGAUGAAUUGUUUCUACAUAAUAUAGCGAUAUACGUAUAAUUUAUAAGUAAAUAAUUUUUUGACUUCAUUUAUAUAAGAGCCAGUUCGCUCUUGCGUAUGGUGCAUGGGGCAUUCAAAAUUAUUAUAAAAUUAUUAUUUAAUUAUUAUUUAUUAACCUGCACCACACUCGUACUGGAUGAUCACACCCACGGGGACUGUUUUACUCGAGUCGCGACAAAAGUGGGCGAACGGAUUGGAU